AUGCAGGGCCUCACUUCUCUCUUCCUCUUGGGCACUUUUGCCUUCCAAACCAUCCUCGGUUCCCCCGGUUCUUCUCGGGUACGACGAGAGGGCGUGAUCCUUAAGAGAGCGGUAGACAGCUUCAUCGCCACCGAAGAGCCUAUUGCCUUGCAAAAGCUCCUUAACAAUAUCGGAUCGACUGGUAGCAGCGCCCAAGGUGCCAGUGCAGGCAUCGUUAUAGCCUCCCCGUCCAAGUCUGAUCCUGAUUAUUUCUUCACCUGGACCAGAGAUGCUGCUCUUGUCUUCAAGGCUAUAGUCGAGAGAUUCACCAACAGCUACGACGCGGGUCUACAAACCCAGAUACAGAACUAUAUCAUCUCCCAGGCUAAGCUACAAACUGUAUCCAACCCGUCAGGUUCUCUAUCCGAUGGAAAGGGGUUGGGAGAAGCCAAGUACCACGUCGACCUCAGCGCUUUCACUGAUGUUACUAACAGCAUCUGGCCCAUAAUCCGUAACGAUCUUACCUACGUCGCCCAGUACUGGAACCAGACCGGCUUCGAUCUCUGGGAGGAAGUUAACGGAAGCUCUUUCUUCACAGUUGCUGCUCAGCACCGAUCCCUGGUCGAAGGAAGCGCCCUAGCGCAGACCCUUGGUACAAGCCAUGACUCUUACGAUGCUAUUGCACCUCACGUCCUCUGCUUCUUGCAAACCUUCUGGUCGUCCUCGAGCGGCUAUGCUUUAGCCAAUAUCAACGUCAACAACGGUCGAUCUGCCAAGGAUGGCAACGUAAUCCUAGCUUCGAUCCACAACUUCGACGCAGCUCUUGGUUGCGACGCCGCUACUUUCCAACCCUGCAGUGACAAGGCUCUUUCCAGCCACAAGGUCGUCGUAGACUCAUUCCGCAGCAUUUACGGCCUUAACUCUGGAAUUCCCAGUGGAUCAGCUGUUGCCGUGGGACGAUACCCCGAAGAUUCUUACUACAACGGUAACCCAUGGUAUCUCCUUACACUCGCAGCCGCGGAGCAGCUUUAUGAUGCCCUCUACGUCUGGCAGACUACCGGAUCCAUCACAGUCACUUCCACCUCGCUGCCAUUCUUCCAGGACCUCGUCUCGGGUGUCUCAGCUGGUACGUACAAGUCCGGCACAGAUACUUACACCGCGAUCUACAACGCCGUAUUCCUCUAUGCCGAUGGCUUCGUCAACGUUGUCUCCAAGUACACCGGAUCCGAUGGUGCUCUUGCCGAGCAAUACAACCGCGACAGUGGCUCACCGCUAUCUGCUAAGGACCUUACUUGGUCGUACGCCUCCUUCUUGACCGCCGCCGCACGACGAGCUGGUGUAGUCCCCCCUAGCUGGGCAGGCGCAGGUUCCACUGCCACCUCGGUCCCGGUGUCUGCAAGGCGACGUCUCAGGGUGGAUCAUACUCCACGGCACGGUUUCGUCUUUCCAGCUAACCAAACUCCCGUCACCACUACCGUGCCGACCACCACCAUCACCCGACCUACAGUCACCCCUACUACCACCACCGGUACCUGCACUGUUGCUACUGCCGUUGCAGUCACAUUCAACGAGCUUAAGACUACCGACCUACGGCCAGACUGUCAAGGUAGUGGGCAACGUCGCUGCUCUCGGCAACUGGGACACCAGCAAGGCGGUCACUCUCAGCGCUUCUCAGUACACCUCCAGCAAUCCUCUCUGGAAGGCAACUAUCUCUCCCCGCCGGACAGGCCAUCCAGUACAAGUACAUCGUGGUCAACACCGACGGCUCCAUAUCAUGGGAAGCCGAUCCCAACCGCGCCUACACCGUCCCCAAGACCUGUGCCACUUCGUCGUCGCAGACAGAUACCUGGCGGUAAUCUAUAA